AUGUCGGCACUUACUAUCCUGGGAAAUGCAACUAUCGAAAGAUUAUUGCUCAAUCUAUCUAAAGAAGAAGUUAUACAGUUCCAGAAAGAGAUAGAAGAUUGUUUGAUAGACUACAGCAGUAAAGGAGAGCGCCAGUAUCAGCCCCAACCAGGGAUUGUAAAUCGAUCCAAUAAUCAGAAGGUUCUUUUCAGGCCCUUUACCUCUCCAAACGCUGUAGGGAUAAAAAUCAUAGUACAUCCAGCAUUAAAUCGAGCACAUGCAGAUGUACCAUCUCGACAGACAUGUCCAUCGAUACCCGAGAGUGGCAAUCAGCAGCUUCCCCUAAAUGGAGUCUUGAUACUUUGCGACGAUCAAGGUAUUCCUACAGGGCUACUGAACGCAAAGGAAAUUACAAGCUACCGUACUUCGUUGAAUGCAUUGAUUCCCUAUGUCUUGCGCCGCAAGACUAGUAGUAUCAUCGUGUUUGGCGCAGGGAUGCAAGCGUUAUGGCAUAUCCGACUCGCACUUGCACUCCGUGGAACGGAAACCGCGUUGAUCACGAUUGUCAAUCGGUCAGAGCCGAGAGCACAGAAGCUCAUCCAGACAUUACGAGAAGACAAUGACUCCCGGUGGAAUUCUACUUGUGAAUUUGGUUUUCUGAAUUCUUCCUCUCUCGAAGACAGUAGGCGAUUACAGCGCCAGCUUUCAACAGCAGAUGUGAUAUUUUGCACGCUGCCUUCCCAGCAGCCAUUGUUCUCUUUGGCCUCAUUGAAGUUGGAGGGUAGAAAGGAACAAUAUCCUCUGAUUACUGCAGUCGGCUCCUGGCAAGCCAAUAUGAUUGAAGUAGAUCCAGAGAUUCUCCGAUACGCUGCCAACGCUGAAGGAAUAUGCGUUGAUGGGAAAACACCACAGACAAUUUUAGUAGACGAUGUAGACAACGCACUUGUACAUUCUGGAGAGAUUGUGCAAAGUGGAUUGGGGAGGAUGCAAAUGGGAGAGAUUGGAGAGAUCCUACUUCAGAAGCGUAACGGAAGUAUGACUAAAGACAUGGCUGCAUGGCUUGCGCAGGGCCUUGUCGUGUACAAGAGCAUCGGCGUUAGUGUAACUGAUUUAGCUGCUGGUAAUGCGAUUUUGGCACUUGCAAAGAAAAUGGAAGUUGGGACUGUAGUAUCUCAGUUCUGA